UAAAGUAAAAGCUCCUUUAUUUCUUUAACAGUUUUUAUGUGAUGUUUUGAGUAUCUAUAGUUGCUCUAGGCCUUGGUGAUGUAACAGUGCACGACAGACACAGUUUUUGAGAGAGGACAGGUUAUCAACCAAAUGAAUAACUUUGAAAAAAAAAUAAAGGCAAGGUGGAGUGUGGUGGUCUUUGAGCACAGCCUUGAAAGAGGGCCAUGUUGGCAUCUAGAAGUUGUGUCCCACCCAAAGAAAACAGCAAGUGCAAAGACCUCAGGGAGAUCCCCCUGCAGUGACUGAGGAACAGUUAGGAGAAAGGCUGGCUGGGGCAGAGCUUGCAGAACGAUGGAGGCCUUCCGGAUGCUUGGGCUUUUACCCCAGGAAAAUGAGGAUUCAGGGGAGGGCACAGGCAAGGACCAGCAGGUCCCGAUUUGGCAAGUCACUAGCUGCACGGCCAGCGGGAAGGGAAGAAGCCAGACAUAGCAGAGGAGAGACUGGGAAGGAGACCACUAAAACGAGCCCAGGAAUUAACUGUCCUGGAAAUUAUAAAAAUGCUUUGGGUGUUGACAAAAAGAAUUGUGAUUAUGGAAUACAAAGCGGGAAACAUUUUUUAAGGGCUUAAGUUGUGAAGCAGAAAGUUCAGCUUGGCAGCCACUGUGCUACCACGUCUACUCUUGAUGCAAUGGACUUGAGAGUCUUAGUGAUGCACGCUCCAGAGUCGAUCUUCUCCAGACCCGGCAGCAUUUGGCCAGUGUAUUUCAGAAUAAGCUUUUAUGGGCCUUCUCAGGGUGGUCUCUCCCUCCUAGUUCCCAAAAUUGCCUGGGUGGACUUAAAAAAAAAAACCAGGUCCCGUCUCAUUCUGUGUUUGUAACACGACUACAGGAGAAGUCCUAUGAUUUCAAAGUUUGGGAAGCAGAGCACACUUCUGAGGGUUUAUUUACUGAGGUGUAGAAAAGAUUGCAAGACGUCCGUGAGGGCCGGCAGGUGGCGCCACGUGAUCGCGAACGGCUCAGAGGCGCGGAGACGGCGGGUCCGCGGCGUUGCCAGGGCCACUCUGUGGCCGCGAGUCUCCCGUGAGAAGCGGUUUGCAGGAGCAGUGGGCUGGGGGCUUGACCAAUAAUCCGAUUUGGUUUUAGGCUAUGAGCCCCCUAAGCCUUCUCCAGUCGGCUCUGGUGCUCCCAGAGCAAGAGGGCUCAGCCCUGUCUGCACCGACACGGAGCCCCGUGCUCCAGGCCCUGCAGCAAGGACCGCGGCCUCGCGCCUCGGGGCAGUAUCGCAGGGCUGCCAAGCCUAGCUCGGGGGAAUCUACUACAGAGACCCCACGGGGAGCGCCGCACCCGCGGACCGCUCCUUUCCAUUGGCCGCCCGGAGGAAGACCACGCCCCCUUUCCUACAGCGCUCGUCUUUGACUGGCUCUUGGGUCCGGGAUGGCCACGCCUCCUCCCCUCGCAUACACAAGAGUCACGCGCCUUUCAGUUGGAAACUUGGCAUGCUGAGGAGGACAGUGGCCCUCAUGUCUCCGCCCACCUCCCGUGCCAUUGGUGCGGCACGCCGAGCGAGGCCACGCCCCCAUUCCAGCCCCCUGGCUGGGAAGGCGGGCACCCGCUCUUGAUUGGCUGGCCGACCUGCCUUUCGCGGGCGAGGCUAGCACUCCCCUCCCUCCCCUCCCUCCAACCGCGAGCCGGGGGUUCCUCCGCUGGCUCAGUCCGAGUCCGUGUCAUUCAGGGAGGCGGACUGCUGAGUGCGGGGCGCGGACGCACGCCUUCGGUCCUGCUCGGGCGCCGCUGCCUGCGCUCGCGCCGCCGGGUGGGAAGGAUGAAGCCGCAGCUGGAGCAGCCACCCUAUGAUUGGCUGUGGCGCUUGUGAACCCGAAGUAAAGAUGGCGGGCGGGCAGGCAGCCGCCGCACUGCCCACUUGGAAGAUGGCGGCGCGCCGCAGCCUCAGUGCCCGCGGCCGGGGGUUCCUGCAGGCAGCUGCGGGCCGGCUGCUGCCGCUGCUACUGCUGAGCUGCUGCUGCGGCGCGGGCGGCUGCGCGGCGGCCGGCGAGAACGAGGAGACCGUGAUCAUCGGGCUGCGGCUGGAGGACACGAACGACGUGUCGUUCAUGGAAGGGGGUGCGCUGCGGGUGAGCGAGCGGACCCGGGUGAAGCUGCGGGUCUACGGGCAGAACAUCAACAACGAGACGUGGUCCCGCAUCGCCUUCACCGAGCACGAGCGACGCCGGCACACACCCGGCGAGCGCGGGCUGGGGGGCCCCGCGCCUCCGGAGCCGGACAGCGGCCCCCAGCGCUGCGGCAUCCGCACCUCAGACAUCAUCAUCCUGCCCCACAUCAUUCUCAAUCGCCGCACGUCGGGCAUCAUCGAGAUCGAGAUCAAACCGCUGCGCAAGAUGGAGAAGAGCAAGUCUUACUACCUGUGCACGUCUCUCUCCACGCCCGCGCUGGGCACCGGCGGCUCCGGGUCUGCGAGUGGCGCCGUCGGGGGCAAGGGUGGCGCGGGGGUGGCCGGACUCCCGCCUCCCCCGUGGGCCGAGACCACCUGGAUUUACCACGACGGCGAGGACACCAAGAUGAUCGUGGGCGAGGAGAAGAAGUUCUUGCUGCCCUUUUGGCUGCAAGUGAUCUUCAUCUCGUUGCUGCUGUGCCUGUCGGGCAUGUUCAGCGGCCUCAACCUGGGGCUCAUGGCCCUGGACCCGAUGGAGCUGCGCAUCGUGCAAAACUGCGGCACGGAGAAAGAGAAGAAUUAUGCCAAGCGCAUCGAGCCGGUGCGCAGGCAGGGCAACUACCUGCUGUGCUCGCUGCUGCUGGGCAACGUGCUGGUCAACACCACGCUCACCAUCCUGCUCGACGACAUCGCGGGCUCAGGCCUCGUGGCGGUGGUGGUCUCCACCAUUGGCAUCGUCAUCUUUGGGGAAAUCGUGCCCCAAGCCAUCUGCUCCCGACACGGCCUGGCGGUGGGGGCCAACACCAUCUUCCUCACCAAGUUUUUCAUGAUGAUGACCUUCCCCGCCUCUUACCCAGUCAGCAAACUGCUGGACUGCGUCCUGGGCCAGGAGAUAGGCACGGUCUAUAACCGGGAAAAGCUGCUGGAGAUGCUCCGGGUUACUGACCCCUAUAACGACCUCGUUAAGGAGGAGCUGAACAUCAUCCAAGGGGCGCUGGAGCUCCGCACCAAGACGGUGGAGGAUGUCAUGACGCCCCUCAGGGACUGCUUCAUGAUCACUGGCGAGGCCAUCCUGGACUUCAACACCAUGUCCGAGAUCAUGGAGAGUGGCUACACGCGAAUCCCGGUGUUUGAGGGCGAGCGUUCCAACAUCGUGGACCUGCUCUUUGUCAAAGACUUGGCCUUCGUAGAUCCGGAUGACUGUACCCCCUUGAAAACCAUCACCAAAUUUUACAACCACCCCCUGCACUUUGUUUUCAAUGACACCAAGUUGGACGCAAUGCUGGAAGAAUUUAAGAAAGGUAAAUCUCACCUGGCCAUUGUGCAGCGAGUGAACAACGAAGGUGAAGGGGACCCAUUUUAUGAAGUUCUGGGGAUUGUCACCUUGGAAGAUGUGAUUGAAGAAAUCAUCAAAUCUGAAAUUUUGGAUGAGACAGACCUGUACACUGAUAACAGAACAAAAAAGAAAGUGGCCCACCGUGAAAGAAAGCAAGAUUUCUCUGCCUUUAAGCAGACAGACAGCGAGAUGAAGGUUAAAAUAUCACCGCAGCUUCUCCUGGCCAUGCACCGUUUCCUAGCAACAGAAGUAGAAGCAUUUAGCCCAUCCCAGAUGUCAGAGAAGAUCCUCCUAAGGCUGCUAAAGCACCCCAAUGUCAUCCAGGAGCUGAAGUAUGAUGAGAAGAACAAGAAAGCCCCCGAGUGCUACCUCUACCAACGGAAUAAGCCCGUAGACUACUUCGUCCUCAUUCUGCAGGGGAAGGUGGAAGUAGAAGCCGGGAAGGAAGGUAUGAAGUUUGAAGCGAGUGCUUUUUCAUACUAUGGUGUGAUGGCCCUCACAGCCUCUCCAGUUCCUUUGUCCCUGUCUCGUACCUUUGUUGUCAGCAGGACAGAGGUGUUAGCAGCGGGCUCUCCAGGUGAAAAUAAGUCACCUCCUCGCCCCUGUGGCCUAAAUCACUCAGACUCUCUCAGUCGGAGCGACCGGAUUGAUGCCAUGACGCCAACCUUGGGGAGCAGCAACAACCAGCUCAGCUCGUCAUUCCUACAGGUCUACAUCCCGGAUUACUCAGUACGAGCCCUCUCUGACCUACAGUUCGUCAAGGGGGCUACCUGCAUUUGCUGGCGACGCUUACACACUGAAAUGAACUCCUGGCCCUAGUGUUCAAGAGGAUUCUCACUACCCAGGUCACUUCUGGAGAAGAGAGCCUUCGUGUGCCUGGGCUUCCUGCACAGGGAACCCUCGGGCUGAGUGUCAGUCUCCUCCUCCAGGUAGGGGGUCUGCUAGCUCCAGGUUGGGCUCUGGGAGGGUGAUGUGUUGGGUUGGUCUCCUGGUGGGGGUGGGGGUGUGAGAGUGUGUGUGUGUCUGUCUGUGCAUGUAUGUCUGGAACCCACAACUGUGUGCACGCUUGGCAGGUGCUCUCUCCCUGCCACACCUGUAGACCUUGGCUCGGGCGUCUGGUGCCAUGUCCACUGACAGUGUUACGCUGGGUGGCGAUCCUGGCGUGCUCUCGGAAGGCAGACUGCCUGGCAGAGAAGGUGCCCUUAGUGGAGGGCCCUGGGGAGUGGCCUCUAAAGGGGCUGAGUGGCCUGCUCUUGGCACCUAGCCUGCCACCUGGGGAUGAAUUUCCCAGGAUGGAACCCUGGUACACUGUGAGUGCCCCUCUUCAAACACAGGCAAGUGAAAAAGUGUAAUUCCUAAGGAGCGCCCUGUACCUGUGAGCUCUCCAGGUGGGCAGCGCUCCACCCUGUCAGCCCCAGACAGCCUUCCCUGGGAGAGAAGCACCCGUGGACCCCUGUCAGGGUCUCACUGUGCGUGCAUCUGGAGUCGAGUGCUUAUUGGGAACCAAGCUCUCGUCAGCCACCACCCACUGUGGCAGCUACUGUAGAGGUCUCUUGCAAAGGAGCUGGGGAGUGCGGUUCUCAAAGACUGAGACUGGCCUGCCAGCUUGGUGUUCAUUUCCCAUUAGUGCUCAAGGUACCUUUGACUAGUUACUUGUGUAAUAACCAGGAAUUCAGAAUAGUUCCCGAGUGCCCAAAGGUGAAAUGGCCCUAGUUCUAGCUGCUCUGGAGAGAGCUCUCAACCUCCAAACAGGGCUGGCAUCUGAGUGAGCAGCUCUUCAGGUCUUCCCUCCCAAACAGACUCCUUAGACAACUGAAGGAGACGCUGGCUCUUCGCCCCUCUGGGUGGGUCCUGGCUAGAAGGGCACAUACCGUCUGUGGCCUCACCCCAUGGGCUUCACAGCCAAGAAAGACUGGCAAGUAGUGGAAUGGCCAUGUUCGGGGGCUCCUUCCUUGUAGCUCUGGCCUGUAACCACUCCUGGGCUGCUGCAUGUGCAAAGAUGGAGGGGGAGGGGUCACCCAGGCCAGACUGAGGCCAGAGGACAGGACAGCAGCUGGAACUAGAUGCCCUAUGUACAGACAUUGCUGUGACACUGUCAUUGCAAAUGAGGGUCUCUUCCUCGCUGCCCUUUGUCCAUCCUCCAAGUCCAAACUCUAAUAAACUCUUAGGAAAACAGAAUCUUGAAAUUCAUACAUGAGUAUUGGGGUGCUAGUCAACUAGCUUAAACUUUGGUUUUGAAUUUGAAGGUGCCACCUCUCAUACUCUCUGUGGGCAUAGUUGACCUCAUGUGAAGGGAGCUGAGCCACAAACCACUUUCUCAUGUUAUUCUAAGAAAUGUGUGCAGGUGUUCAGUGCAGAACUUCACACUGAUACGGAACACUAACUGUGAAAAGUCGCCUUGCCACCCAGCUCUGUACAGCUAACGGACCAGCUUUUCAAGUCUAGGAAAAACAUGGCAUGUCCAAAUGCAUUAAGAAAUGGAGCAACAGGAUUUUGAGUUAAGCAGGGACCAUGAACUUCAGCCCUCAAGUUAUUUGGGUUAAGGAGCAAACCAAGUAGGUGCUGGCUGAGCCUGUGUCCUGGCUGGUGAACACAAGCACCUCUGUCCUUUUCUGAAAGCCACCAGGGAUCUGCCAGUCGCUGUGCCUGGACUGAGGGGAUGUCUCCCAGGGGUGAACAGGCAGGUUAACUCCCUGAACUGGUGCAGGUACACACUUAUCCCUGGGCUAAAGAGCAAGACACACCAUGUAGCCCAAUCCCUGUGGCUUGGCAUGACUCCCUCCAUGCUCUGAUGUGCUUUUCUUGUGAAGGGCUGAUGGCUGUUCAGGCACUUAGGUACCAGUAUGUCCUCUCUUUCUGAGGGAUCAGGCUCUUUCCUGGGUUAUGUUUGCUUCCAGUCUGGGCCAUAGGCUUGUGGUGCUUCUGUCCAACAAGGACAACUGGAUAAGUUGUAGGCUAGCCCAGAAUAGGAGUUUAGAGGUGAAGAGGGAAGUGAUUGUAGGGGGAUUUGGAAGUUUUUUCCCAUACAGACUUAUCAGUAAGAAACCAACUCAGUGGAUUUUUAUACCUCAGGGCCAUUUACUUCUGUGCUUGAGCGGCUGAUGGGAAAGAUGAACUCACUGAGGCUCAUUUGCUUCUAACUUGAGGGAUGAGUAGUGUUCCAAGGCUGAGCUGCUGUUACUGGUCUCCAGCCUGGGAUGAACAGGCCUUCCUCCAGCACCCUCCUGCUGGAGUUGAUGCUGAUUUACUGGUUUUCCUUUUGGAGGGUCCCCAUUGUCCCCCACCUCCCUCCAGCCAGGCAGCGGGAGCAGCUAAAGUGAGCAUCUGGGGACCUUUGCUUCUUGGUUCCCUGUGGCUGACUUGGCUCCUCCAACUUUCUUAUAGCAGAGCCAUUGAGACAUCUCAACUGCAGUUGUUUUAAAUGCCUUUUGCUGGGGAAUGCCAGGCAGUACUUGAAGCAUUAUCCAAAUGGCAAGAGUCGGGUCCUAGUGUCUGUGUGCACACAGCUGGAACACUGGAGAGAGAUGGACGUCAGUGUUUCAGAUGACGAUGGCUCGGCUCUCCCUGGCUUCACUUGGAGGGCACCUUCUGGUGCUGCUCACAUCUGAUCCAUAUGGAUUUACUUCGGGUGCUGGAUUCUUCCAGAACCACUCUAAAGAGAACUGUCAAAGGGGCCUCACAGACCUGAGUGUCUACUCUUCUUGGAGACACAGGUUUCUGACAUACAAACCGCUGGGUCCCAGGUCUCUAGAACAGAGGGAAGUGGGGCAGAAUGGUUCUUAGGACUCAUUCCCGAGAGAGCCCUGCCAAGCUCCUGAUUCACUACUACCCAUGUCUGGUCUACUGUGAAGAGUCUAUCAAUAUAUUGACUUUUCUUAUUUUUUCAGUCCUUUACAUCCACAAAUGUAUAUGCUUUAUUUUAUAUUAUUUAUUAUGUACAUAUGUCUCUACUGUUAGUCUAUCACCUGUGACUAAGACACUGUUUUGAAGCCCCUCAUCCAUUGAGCCUAGGGUUUUGUUGUCCCUUAUUGGGUGAGAGGGUGGUGGUAUUUUUGUUUGUUUAAAAGGAAAAAAAAAAUAAUUGCUGCUCUUACACCAGCUUCAUUCAUUGCCUUACCCCAAACCAUUCCCAAUGGCCAGUAUUUGGGAGGUAGAUGGAGGCAGAACUCCUCAGGUCUCCAUGGUGUUACUGAAGAAGUGGCUUUUGGGGGGUUGGGUCUCUUCCCUGUGCAGUAGUAGCAUAUGGCUGAGACCAGAACCUCCUUCCUCAUCCCCACCCAAGCCAAAUCAGUUUCCUGGUCUCAAAAUGAUGUUCUCCACUCACUUGGAUUACAGAAUCUGUAUCAUGGAAGCUACCUGGCCAUCUAGGCUGUGAACAUGCCUCUUCCUCGUGUCACGGCCCAGUUACCAACAUUGCUGUGGGCCUAAAGCAAGCCCUACAUGGUCUGAUUUUCCCCCUCCCCAGCAGUACCCACUGUAUCACAGUGUCCAUUUCAUGCAUUUGAACAGUGGCAUCAAUGGAAAGCUAAGCAAGCACAGGUCACGUGCACAGGCUUCACGAGCUGACUGUCAUGAUGGACGCGUUUAUAAUUCAAAUGUUGUAGAUUUACAAUACCUAUUUAUUUGUACCAAUUUAUUUGUAAAUCUUGUGAUUGUUUUUAAAAGGUUUUGUUUAUUUCUACUAUUCUAUUUAGAUAAAUGGUUUUCUGUUCACCCUUUUA